GGGCGGAAGUGAACAGAUCAAACACGUAGCCUUGACACUGGAAGAUUGUAAAUAAAACUGACCUUAGCAAGUUAUCUGUUUACAACGUGUUGGCCUUCUAUUGGACACUGGAUUGUCUUCUUUAAUUAGAGAGAAUUUUACAAAAUGGUGUGGUGUGAAAACAGCUGACUGUGGUGGUAAGGGAGUGGUGGAUCAUCAGUGCUCUGUCACUGCCACUAUGGCAGAGGUCACCGGUGGUAAGGUGAUGUCCCGACAGGGUCCCUACAUAAGAAUGAUAACAAACCACACAACUAACCUGCUGAUCCGAGGGGCCAUGCUGUUCGGUGUGGGUGUGUUUUUAGCGCUUGUGUUAAACCUGCUGCAGGUGCAGCGUAAUGUCACUCUCUUCCCUCCUGAUGUCAUCAGUAGCAUCUUUUCUUCAGCGUGGUGGGUACCACCUUGCUGUGGAACAGCAUCAGCUCUAAUAGGGCUGCUGUAUCCAUGUAUAGACAGGCGUUUGGGAGAGCCCCAUAAGCUGAAGCGUGAGUGGUCCAGUGUGAUGCGCUGUGUGGCUGUCUUUGUUGGCAUUAAUCAUGCCAGCGCUAAAGUGGACUUUGCAAAUAAUGUGCAGCUGUCUCUGACCCUGGCUGCACUUUCCGUCGGUUUGUGGUGGACAUUUGACAGGUCACGCAGUGGCUUUGGCUUGGGAGUCGCCAUUGCAUUUCUGGCGACUCUAACUACUCAGCUACUGGUGUACAAUGGAGUGUUUCAAUAUACAUCUCCUGACUUCCUGUACAUACGAUCUUGGCUGCCCUGCAUCUUCUUUGCUGGUGUGAUAACCAUGGGAAAUAUAGGAAGGCAGCUUGCUCUUUAUGAGUGUAAAGUUCAAGAAAAGAUUCAUCAGGACUAAAACAUCUUAUACCUUGGAUGCAAAAAGGAGGGAACCUACAUGAACUUUUACAGUUAAACAGGUGCUCUCUUACACUGCAGACACAACGAGUGCUGUCUACUUUUAUAGAUCAGGGCAGUUUGGAGAUCGGAGCAUGUUCUCUGACUGCCAGUACAACCUCUCUGAAGCUAUAUAAAGCUGCAACUAGGAUCGAUUGACUGAAACGUCUCUGAAAAGUGUAUUCUUCAACUUGCAUAUGUAUUUCUGUUGGAUAUGAUGUGCCAAAGUGACUCGGAUGCGGCUGUUCUUUUUGGAAUAUUAACUCAUGAGCUAUGCUUCUGGUCUAUAACUCUUACUCAUAUAUGCUGAUUCUUUCGGAGGGUGCUGCCAGACAGUGUUUUUUUUUUUUUUUAGCCAUGAAUAAGAAAUACCAGUAGAGACUAUAGUGUAUACAUCAGGUCAAACCACAGAAAUAGAAUCCUUUGCAUAUACAGUUCGUAUACAGUACUGUGCAAAACUCUUAGUCAUAGACAGAAAUUCUGUAAAGCAAAGAUGCCUUUAAAAACAAUAAAGUUAAAAUGUAUCUAUGAAAAUAAAAUAUUAUAAAGAGUAGUGAACAGUAUUAUGGUAAACAAAGACAGUAUUUUUUGUGACAACCCUCUGCUUUAAAAAAAUAACAUCAGUGGUCUUGAGUACAGUUGCAUUUUGAUUUUGAAGGAAAUUAGUGGGUAAGUUUUACUGAGCAUCUUUCUACAGUUCAUCUGGAGAUUUUGACUGUCACACUUUCUACUUUUUUUUGCAUGUAAUUUUCCAGUAGUACUUUUUUGUCCUACAAGUAUCUUGUUACGUAAUCUCUUCUCUUCUUUUUUUUUUCUUCUUGCUUUCUAAUCUGUAUUUUCUUUACUGACUUACAAACGUGUUUCUGUAACAUUACAUUUUAGCUGGAAAAAUAA